AUGACGUCCACAGCCGAUGGGAUCAACAUGAAUGAAUAUUUGGCUCGUCUCGGGCUCACGCGCGACGCUUUGACGUCGUACGCCCCGCGCUCGCUCGAGCUGCUCACGCUACUCCAAGAGACCCACGCAAUUGCGAUCCCGUUUGAGAACCUCGCGCCUGCCCGCGUCUUCCCCGUCCACCCCGACCACGUCGAUGCUUCGAUUCCCGGCCAAGUCGUCUCGAUCGCCUCGGACAAGAUUUUCCAGAAGCUCGUCCGUGACCGUCGAGGCGGCUACUGUUUCGAGACGAACGGUCUCUUUGCCCUUGCGCUGCGAUCGCUCGGGUAUCAAGUUGAUACGAUCGGCGGCCGCGUCGUCCUCCCAGCGCCAGACGUGGCGCAGCCGUACUAUGAGCUUCAAGCACUGACGCACACGCUGCUCCUCGUGUACGUCGAGGGCGAUGACACGCCGUACCUCUGUGACGUGGGCUUUGGCGGGCGAGGCAUGCCGCCCCGGCCCAUGCGACUAUGCACGACGGCGUCAAUCGAACUCGCAACAGGCGAGCGCUAUGCCCUCGCGCGCGCCCAUGUCAACCACGCUGUGGAACCAAGUACGUAUGGCGGCUGCUUGGAUGUGUCCAUCUCGGACGGCGCCAACUGGGCCGUGGUUUACGCAACGGGCCCCAACAAGCCCAUGCAUCCCAGCUAUGUCUUUCAUCCCGCCAUGAAGAUGGCCGCCAAGGACUACGAGAUGGCCAACUGGUACUGCUCGACGAGUCCGUUUCCGAACAUGACGCGGCAUCCUAUCGUCGCCCUGCGCACUGGAAAGCAGCUGCUGACGCUGCGCGACAACGCGUUUAGUGUCAUUGAGGACGGGCGCGUCAUUGAGAGUCGCACAAUCGAACGUGACGAGCUUCUCGACUUGCUGCGCGACCGGUUUGGCUUGACGCCGUAG